ACUCCGCCCCGCCCCGCCCGCGGGGGAAAAACAGUCGCGCGGCGAUGACGUGGCGGGGGCCUGGCCGGGCGUCGCGGACUCCGGAGAUGGAGGAAAAGGAGCAAUUACGGCGACAGAUCCGCCUGCUGCAGGGUCUGAUCGAUGACUACAAAAACCUCCAUGGCAAUGCCUCUGCUCCGGGCACCGCAGCUGCUUCCGGGUGGCAACCACCUGCUUACAACAGCAGCAGGUCCUUCAGUGCCUGCUACCCUCGUCCAAGCCGGAGGGGCUUCCCCCUGAACCACGGGCCCGCGUGGCGCAAGAAGUACUCGCUUGUGAAUCGACCCCCAGGAUCUUCAGACCCACCCGGUGACUGUGCUGUGCAGCCGCCCCUCAGGGCUGAGGGCAGCCAGGGUCCUGACCCCCAGCAGUAUGUCCUGGAGAGGCAGGUGCAGCUUAGUUCAGAUCAGAACAUGGUUAUCAAGAUCAAACCGCCAUCGAAACCGGGCUCGGCUAGCACUGCAGGGGUCCCCCGGGGCUCCUUGGAAGAAUAUGAGAACCCCCCCUGGAGCGACCAUAGGCCUCAGGAGGGGGCGGGCGAGCCCCCUGGUGGGCAGCGGCAACCCUCAAAGCCAGGAAGAGUCAAGGGGAGCUGCAGUGCAGAGGACCCCCUUCUGGUCUGCCAGAAGGAGCCCGGCAAGCCCCGGGUGGUAAAGUCUGUGAGCAGCAUGAGUGACAGCCCCUCCGAGCCCCGGCGGACUGUCAGUGAGAGUGCUGUUGCCGUCAAGGCUCGCCUUGUGUCCUCCGGUCUGCCCCAGCGUAGUGGCAUGGCUGUGGGACGGAAGGUGGCCUCACACUCUGUGGCCAGCUGUGUCGCACAGCUCUUUGGAGACAGGAGAGUGAAUGCUGGCCAUCCAGAUCAGCCGGCUUCUUGUGGCUUGGUGGCAGGCCCUGCUAGACCAGCUUCUGGACCCAGGCAGGCCCGAGAGUCCUCUCUGCUUGCGUCCUGUCGAACCACCAAGUUCCGAAAAAACAACUACAAGUGGGUGGCUGCUUCAGCAAAGAGCCCCCGGGCCACUCGGAGGGCCCUCAGCCCCAGAGCAGCCUCAGAGAACAUGUGCAAGGCCCCCUUUGGCACAGAGGAACAGGUGGAGAAGCCACAGCUCCGAGCUGACCCGAAUGCUAAGCCCAGGAGGGCGGCUGUGUCCUCCACGCCUGGGGCCUCCCCCAGCAAGUACAAGUGGAAGGCCUCCAGCCCCUCGGUCUCCUCGUCCUCCUCCUUCCGUUGGCAGUCAGAAGCUGGCAGCAAGGACCAUGCCUCCCAGCUCUCUCCAGUCCCAUCUCGGUCCCCCCCAGGGGACAGACCAGCAGUAGGAUCCAGCAGUUUGAAGCCCCUCUUCAGUGAGACCCCACUGUCAGCUUACAAAGUAAAGAGCCGCACCAAGAUCGUCCGGAGGCGGGGUGGUGCUAGCCUUCCUGGGGAGAAGAAGAGCAGCCCCCCACCUGCUGCCACUGCUAAGACCCAGUUCAGCCUGCGGCGGAGGCAGGUCCUCCGGGCAAAGAGCAGCCCCGUUCUAAAGAAGACCCCCAGCAAGGGCCUGAUGCAGGUCACCAGGCACCGGCUGUGCUGCCUGCCUCCAGGCCGGGCCCACCUCCCCACCAAAGAAGCAUCCAGCCUGCACACCCUGCGGACCCCUCCUACCAGCAAAGUGAUCAAGACCCGCUACCGCAUCGUCAAGAAGACCCCAGUGUCUCCUCUCAACGCCCCCCAGUUUCCUCUGGCCCUGCCCUCCUGGCGGGCACGGCGGCUCUCCCUGUCCAGGGACCUGCCGGCCCAUGGCUUCUGCACGGCCGCUGGGUGCGCUGACCACGGGCUUCCGUCAGGGUCUCUGGUGCUGAACCGCCUGCGCCCCGCUGCUGCGGGUGGGAAGGCCCAGCCUGGCUCUCCUCGGUGGCGGAACAGAGGCUACCGCUGCAUUGGAGGGGUCCUGUACAAGGUGUCGGCCAACAAGCUCUCCAAGACCUACAGCCGGCCCAGUGGGGACGGUAGCAGGCCCCUCCUGCGCACAGGCCGGUUGGACCCUACCACCAGCUGCAGCCGUUCCCUGGCCAGCCGGGCCGUCCAGCGCAGCCUGGCCAUCGUCCGGCAGGCGAGGCAGCGGCGGCGGAAGCAGCGACAGGAGUACUGCAUGUACUACAACCGCUUCGGCAGGUGCAACCACGGCGAGCACUGCCCCUACAUCCACGACCCCGACAAGGUGGCCGUGUGCACCAGGUUUCUCCGAGGCACGUGCAAGAAGACCGAUGGGACGUGCCCCUUCUCCCACCACGUGUCAAAGGAAAAGAUGCCUGUGUGCUCCUACUUCCUGAAGGGGAUUUGCAGCAACAGCAACUGUCCCUACAGCCAUGUCUAUGUGUCCCGGAAGGCGGAGGUCUGCACGGACUUCCUCAAAGGCUACUGCCCGCUGGGCGCAAAGUGCAAGAAGAAGCACACGCUGCUGUGCCCUGACUUCUCUCGCAGGGGCACCUGCCCCCGGGGUGCCCAGUGCCAGCUGCUCCACCGCAACCAGAAGCGCCUCGGCCGGCGGGCAGCCUCAGCCCCAGCCUCGGAGCCGGGUAGCGCGCCUCCCAGGAACAAGGCCUCCUCCAGCCAUGGACCCAGGAAGUCCUCGGCUGCCCAGCGCCCCACCAGACAGACGCCCAGCUCCCCUCCCUCCUCCCCUCGGGUGUUAGCUGCAGCCUCGGGCUCCCCCCUGUCAUCAAAGCCACCUCCCUCUUCCCCCUCUCCCUCCUCCCCCCUUUCCCCUCCCUCCUCCUCCUCCCCCUUCUCCCCCUCCCCUUCCACCCCCUCCCUGUCCUUGGACCAGGAGGAGCUGUCUCUCCAGGAGGAGGCUGCCUCGCCAGCGACGGGCUCCGGCAGCCUCUCCAAGCUGCCCUCCUUCAUCUCCCUGCAGUCCUCGCCGAGCCCAGGAGGCCAGCCCAGGGCCCGGACCCCCAGGAGCCCCCCAGCCAGGGACUCAGGGAAGACUCUGCACAUCAAGCCCCGUCUGUGAGGGCCCGGGGGGCCAGCCUGUGCCUACCUCAGCCCCUCGUUCCUGGAGACAAGGAGGCUCCUGCCUGCCACUGCCCCAGAGGAGGGGCCGCCUGCCACCGAGUCCCCCCCCUGGGGCCCCGGGGUUGUUGCUCUGCC